AUGUUUCCUGGGAUUUCACUCGAUACAUUAUGGCAUCUAUACCUCUUUGCCAACAAGAAUAAAGCCCUAGAUUUCGAGGAUAUCAUCAUGAAUCGCAUUAUGGCUACGUACCGAUCCGAUAAGCAGUUUUUCCCAGAGCCAAGACACAUUGAACUUGGGUAUAAUUAUACCAAGGAGAAUUCUGCGGGGAGAAAGUUUCUUGCAUUGUGCUAUGCUGCUAUGAUGCAUGUUAAUACAAAGCUCCCUUCAACUUCUAUAUACAACAAGGAAGUUUUAGUAGAGUUAGCGAAGCAGUGCGAUGGGCUUUUGAUUGAUGUCGCUAAUCUCACGAAUGGGAAGGGGUUAUUGAAUAUCGCGGAAUGGGAUCCUAGAUAUGCUCCUGAAUGCUUGUAUCAUCAUCAUGUAUGGGGAGUAGAAUGUCAGAAUCUCAGUUGGGAGGAAUGA